CCUUUACGUUAAAUUCAAUGAGCGGAACACACUACCUAGUGUCCCUGUCGAUAGUGACAUUUGUCUUAGUCUAAAUAAUGUUUGUAAGCCUUCUUUUGAACAAUCAAAACAUGCUCAUGUUGUUAUUUACAGUAUUUACUCACUGUUAAAUUAGAAAAGAUAACUUGAUAAUAAGCCUAAAAAUAUAGAUACUUACGAUGGAAGUUACAAAUUCAAAUUUUGAUUCACUUUUACCAGAAAUAGAAAAUGCAAUCAAUCACAGUUUAUUUAUUAGUAUUGACUGUGAGCUUUCCGGCCUUACUGUUGUUAGGAAUAUCAAUACAUUUGAUAGUCCCAAAGAAUAUUAUGAAAAAAUGCGAAACAAUUGUAAGGAUUUUUUAGUAAUGCAAUAUGGCAUUAGUAUUUUUAGAUAUGACGAAUCUGAACACAAUUUCAAGCAAAGAACUUAUAAUUUUUUUAUAUUUCGCCGACCUGUUAAUAAAAAUGUACCUGAUCAGCGUUUCCUAUGUCAAUCAUCAAGUAUAGAUUUUUUAAUUGGUAAUGGUUUCGAUUUCAACAAACUCUUUAAAGAAGGUAUUUCUUACCUGACUGAAGAAGAAGCCGAAAGAUACAAAGCUAAUGUGGAUCAAGCAUAUCAGAAAGCUUUAGAACUAAUUGAAUCAAAACAGAGUGAUGAAGGCCAUGAUAGCAUUCAAAUAUCUGAUAAUUCAGUACAAUUUGUUGAAGAUAUUAAAUCAAAAAUAGACAAUUUCCUUGAAAGUGGUGAUAAGGAGUUACAACUCCCAAAGUGCAAUGCCUAUUUUAGAAAGUUGAUUUAUCAAACUCAAAGAGAAUUAUAUUUUGAUCGAAUUUCUUUAGAGACAAGACAAAUAGAGAAAGAUAGAAUACUCUUUGUUACUAAGCUUAAGACUGCAGAAGAAGAAGCACAUCUUGCAAAGAAAAAAUAUGAUGAACACUUAAGAGAAAUAGAAAAUUUUAGGGGUUUUACAAAAGUUAUGAAGUUCAUUAUCAAAUCUGGAAAGUUAGUUGUUGGUCACAAUGCAUGUUUGGAUUUCUUUCAUACUAUUGAUAAAUUUUUGAUUGAACUUCCAGUAUCUUAUGAAGAUUUUAAAGAAAUUAGUCAUUCCCUAUUUUCCAGAGUAUUGGAUACCAAAUAUAUGUCAAGCAGAGAACCUUUCAGAGAUCUUAUUCAAUCAACAGUAUUGAAACAGUUGUUUGUUACUUUAUCUGAAAAACCAUUUGGACUUCCAGAAGUAGUAGUGGAAGAACCUGGAAGAGGAUAUGAUGUAAAUGAUAAUAAGGAACAUGAAGCUGGAUAUGAUGCAUACAUAACUGGACUCUGCUUUUUGGGAAUGUGGAAACAUCUAGGUUUACUGAAUAACAGAAGCGAUCAAAAAACAUUCCAUAGCAUGGAUCUUUUGGAACCUUUUAUGAACAAGUUAUUUUUAAUGACAUUGACUGAUAAUCAGUAUAUCAAUUUGGCUGGAGAAGACAUGGCAGUUUCUAAAGACCACGUAUUUUAUCUAAAAUUUCCAGAAGAUUGGAAAUUGAAUAAUAUUCAACAACUGUUCAGCCCAUUUGGUAACAUAUUUGUCUCAUGGCUCGAUGACACAUCGGCGUAUAUAGGGUUGUAUAAAAAAGAUCAGGCCAAAAUUUGCUACAAAACUCUUAAGGGGGGCAACGGAUACACAAUCCAAACAUUCGAAAACAGAAAAAAACAAUUGUCGGAUAGUAAACUGCCGUCAAUAACAUCAUUGCCAAUAACUUCAAAGAAGAGAAAAAGCUCAGAAUCUCCGGCACCUAAAAAUAAGAAAAGGGAUCAUCCUGGAAUAAAUAAAGCGUUGAAAAAAAUGACGAUUGAACCUGAAUCAAUGGUCGUUGAGAAAUCUACGAAUAAAACAUUCAAAGAAGAUGACAAUUGGACGUGAUUUAAUUAUCAAAUAUUUUUAUUCAUAAAUAUUUACGGUGUUCCUUAACCCGAUUUAAAUGAAAAUUACUUGAACAUCUUCGAUCUAUAUACACUUAAAUUUGAGCACAAAUGCAAUGUUUUAAGUCUUUUGAGAAAAUCGGUUUCCCGAGCUCUUGGAAAAUAAUAGGGGUUUGAAUUGUUUUUUCGAAAAUUUCUUUCCAAUUUCACUUUUAAACAAGUAUCAACGACUUCAUUGACACUUUGAAAUACUUCAACAAAUCAAUGAGUCUCUUGAUGUCUAUUUUAUUUAGAAAUACUUUGCAUGAAUUUCCCUUGAAAUCUGGAGAGCCAUGCGUGAUCUCACUACUUGUACUUGUCCACUUUGAAGCAUCUGGUUGAAACUCUCGAAGCAUGUGUGUGAAUAAUAUAUUUACAACACCUAAAAGUAGGUGAAGCUCAGGAGGUGAAUCAUGUCGAGAAAUAGUCUAUAUUUAUAAAAUUCUGAGCUUUUUUUAUCUGCUCCUGCUUCAAUCCAGUCUAGAUAAUUUUUUGUUUCUCCAAUUGUUCUAUGAGGGCCUAGUUCGUGAAGUUCAUCUUUUUUAGCAUAACACCACGUACAAGGAUAGCAACUUGCGUGUAUCACAAUGCCGACUAGAAUAUUUGCCAACUUUAGAUCUGUAGCAAUCGUUCCAUUCCACAAAAAUUAUUGAUCCACAAUUUUAACCACAACAUCAAAGCAUUUGUAUAAGUUUCUCGCUGCUAUAGUUGAGAUGAAUAACUACUUCACACCAGAAGCUUUAAAUUUUUUCGAUGUUAUUUCUUCACUAUACUUCCGACGUGAGUUUGUUUGUGCUGAUUUAUUUAUCUCUGAAGACUGGAUGGACACACAUAGUUUCACAAAUCUACCUCUACCAUCUAUGCCGAACUUCAAAUGAGUUUUUGGCAUUUGUCGUUUAGAUUCAACAGUAGCUAUGAAAUAUUCAAUGUUAUGACAGUAAAAUAUUGUUUCUUCAGAUAUUUUUCACCGUUGUUCGAAUGUAUACUCGAGAAAUCUACUUUUUCAACAACAAUUUAUCGACGUCAUGAUUAUGAUGCAAAAGUUCUCUUUCAAAUUAUGUUUAAUAAUUUCACUAUUUUUAAAAGCGUUAGCUAUUGCGCAAGUUGAUCUCAGGCUAAGAUUUAAUGUUUUUAUUUUUUUAAAAACCUUCAAUACUAAGUAAAUAUUGAUUGAAAAAUGUGUUUGGUACUUUUAUUAAAAUAUAUUUUCACUGGUUUACCCCUCAUCUGAGAAAGUGAUAUGAUUGAAUCGUUUUUUUCGACAGAAAUUCAUUGUUUAUCAGCUAUAACAUGUUUUAUUAAUGAAGAAAUUUGUUUUUUACAGUUCAAAGUACAAGAUUCAUUCACAGCUUUUUAAAAAUUGGUUACAAGAGAUCAGGGACGUAUUUAUACCUUUUCAAUGGGGGGGGGGGGGUUUAACCACUGAUUUUUGUUUUGCUCCCCAUAGGCUAAAGUGAGCUAACCGUAUUUUGGUUUUGGAGUACCUAUUAAAAAAAAAAGUCAUGCCAAAAAAUUUAUUAAAACUUAAGGUACUCAUUGUUACAAAAUUAAGUUCAUUCUUUUUCUUCUUUCAGCUAACUUAUUUAUAAUUUCGGAGGCAUUUAAUUUUAUCGCGAUAUUUCGAUGCACACUCAUAAGCGCGAGGCCUGUAAGCCUCUCGUCUCCCAUUCUAUUUCUUAAGUACGUUUUUAGCCUCUUAAGAGUGGAAAAAUUGCGUUCAGGCGUGGCAGUUGACACUGGAAGUGUCGCUAAGAUUUGAAGAAGCUUCUUAACCGUUGGGAAAAAGAGUUCGUCACACCCGUCCAUAGCUUCUAAUACGGUAGAGGGUUUUUCCUGAUUAGACCAAUGAUUGUGCCAGAGCUCAUACUCGCUUACCAAACCUUUUAUUUCCACUUCACUAAGAAAUGUUGCUCCUAUCCCUACUAUACAUUUCUUUGCUGCUUCAGUAUUUUGAGUCUGGUUAGGCAGAAGCAACUGAAUUCCUGAAAUUGCUUCUUCGUGAGACUUAAAGCGAGCAUCAAGCUCGGUGGUUACGUGUUCGAUAAACGGGUAGAACACAUUUCGUCGAUAAUAAACUUCUGCAGUUUGACCUGGUAUAUUACUGCGAUUUAUUUGUGUACCACUUACUCUUGGAGCACUUAUAUCAGUGGAACUCAACUUUCUUGCUUCCUCAAAAAGAUUUGAGAAUUCCUGUUCAUUACGUAGGUUCUGCAAGGUGGUUUUAAUUGUUGUCACAUAAUUGCAAGUAUUAGCUAAGUCAAUAUUGACUUUUUGCAGGACACGGUUCAAAUUUGAUGUAUAAAAGAAAAUUUUCUUUAAAACUAUCAUUGACACUAUAAACUGGCUAUUUUCCAUUGCGACUUGCAACUGGUAAGCUUGGGUUGCUACUUCCCUUUCCGACUCUUGGAGAGCUUGAAGUGUAGCAAGUACCACGGGAAACAUCUCGGAAAACCUUUCAACGGCUGUGUGUUUCUCCGUCCAGCGUGUCUCACAAAGCGAGAUAAGGGUUGAAUGGGGUGCUCCAAUCUCGUCCGCAGUUUUUUUUAGAAGGCCAUCUCGGAUUGCUUAUUGUCUAAAGAAGUUAAUUAUGCUUUUAAUAGUCCCGAUACAGUUUCUGAUUGCAGGGAUCUGGCAAGAAUGAGCCAAAACUAAGUUCAAAGUAUGAGCUGCACAGUGUACGAACUGUGCUCGGGGAUAUUUAUUCGUAAUUAUGGUUCUUACGCCUUUCAACCGUCCGCUCAUCACAGCGGCUCCAUCAUAGCCCUGACCAACUAAAUUCUUCAAAUCUAUUCCGAAUGAUUUUAGCCUUUGCAUGAUCGUCGAAGCUAAAGCUGCAGCUGUAACGUCACUAACAUGAACAAAUUCAAGAAAGUCUUCUCGAAUAAGAGCCUUUCCAGAAGAGCAGUCAACAUAGCGAAGGCAAAGUGACAGCUGUUCAUGACGUGACACAUCCUGAGUUUCGUCGGCAAGUACAGCAAAGAAACCUGACUGUUUGACUCUACCUAUUAGUUCCUCUUGAAUAGCACUUCCACAUAAUUCAAUUAUUUCAUUUUGAAUAACGGACGAUGUGUACAUAGCCCUAGUAUGAGUACUUUGAGUAAGUAAGUGAUUUUUAAGAACUUCAUCACCAGAUCGUGCUCGAAAACGAAGUAGCAUCUCUUGAAGAGAUGCUUUGGAGCAUGAAUGUUUGAUUCCUCGUUUAGUUAAAUAGAAGCAUUUACCAUACCACCACGGAAAAACAAUUCAAACCCCUAUUAUUUCCCAAGAGCUCGGAAACCGAUUUUCUGAAUAGGUUUAAAACAUUGCUUUUGUGCUCUAGUUUAAAUGUAUAGGUAGAUCGAAGACGUUCAAGUAAUUUUCAUUUAAGUCUAGUUAAAGAACACCGUUUAUUAUCUAUCUAGAUCUGCAUCUAUGUAGAUGCACAAGAAAGAAAAGACAUAUUCUGUUAAAAUUUUUAUUGUAAAAUACAAAUAAAAUCUCAAUAAUAUACUUUCACAUUAUUUACUGUCCGACUGAGAAAAUUUUUCUAGUAUUGCAUCAAAUUCUGGCGCAC